AUGGCUCAGAAACCUACAGAGAAGGUGGAGUACAAGAAUUUGAAGCGCAAACGACAAGAUGUACCUUCCGCAUCGAGAAAGUCCGCAGGCGCACCUGCCACGCAUAAUCCUUAUGCGGCGAAGAAGGCGCGACUACUUGAGAAGAGGAAGGAGCUACCCAUCUGGAACAGGCAAGAGGACAUCGUCAACUCCCUGAAGGAGAACCGGAUCCUAGUCCUUUCUGGCGAAACAGGAAGUGGCAAGUCAACGCAAUUUCCCCAAUUCCUGCUUUCCGCGCCGUACCUUCCACGCAGCGGUCCCGGCAGUGCCAUCGCAGUUACCCAACCCCGCCGCGUAGCUGCCAUAACUCUCGCCAAACGCGUCGCGGACGAACAUGGAAGUCGCGUUGGAGGCGAGGUGGGCUAUUCAGUGAGAUUUGACGAUUGUACGGGGAAGGAGACGCGGAUCAAGUUUCUUACGGAAGGAAUGCUAUUACAGGAGAUUCUGCGGGAUGAGACGUUGGGACGGUAUGGGGUUGUUGUGGUGGAUGAGGUGCAUGAGAGGAGUGUUGAUGUGGAUUUGAUUUUGGGGUUUUUGAAGGGGUUGGUGAAGAGGAGGAAGGGGCUUAGGGUGGUGGUUAUGAGUGCUACUGCUAAUGUGCAGGAGUUGAAGGAGUAUUUUGCUGAGGAUGCGGCUUCGCUCGAGAAUGGGGAUGGUGGCGAUGCGAAGGACGUGGCGACGCCGAGCUCAAAACGCAACGGCGAUAUGGAGAUGGAUCACAGCGAGGUCGAGAGUAAUCGCUCGACGAAGAGGACCCCAGCUGAGCAGCCUACAUCACAUCUUGGCGUUUCGGAUUGCCACGUUGAAGGGAGACAGUAUCCGGUCAAGCUGCAUUAUCUCGAUACACCCACGGAGGAUGUGGUUGACAUGGCACUGCAACGGAUCUUCCAGAUACACUGCAAAGAGCCGAUGCCAGGAGACGUGCUUGUCUUCCUGACAGGACAGGAAACGAUCGUUGGACUUCAGAAGCUGGUCGAAGAGUUCGCCGAGGACCUCACGAAUGACUUCCCUAAGCUACUCGCGAGGCCACUUUACGCGGCAUUACCGCAGGACCAACAGCAGCUUGUCUUCGAGCCAGCGCCUCCGAACACACGAAAGGUCAUCCUGUCAACAAACAUCGCAGAGACUUCAGUAACAGUACCAGGGGUGAAAUUUGUCAUCGACACAGGUAAGGCAAAGAUCAAGCAGUUUCGCAACAAGCUCGGGCUGGAGUCUUUGCUUAUCAAGCCGAUAUCACGAUCAUCAGCGGACCAGCGAAAGGGUCGAGCAGGCAGAGAGUCUCCAGGACAGUGCUACCGAUUAUACACGCAGAAGGACUACGAUAGCUUGGAAAAGGACGCAAAGCCUGAGAUCCUGCGAUGUGAUCUCAGUGACGCAGUGCUAAAGAUGAAAGCACGAGGUAUUGACGACAUUAUCAGCUUUUCGUUCCUGUCGCCACCACCACGGGAAGCGUUGGAACGAUCCCUGCUGCAGCUGCACCAGCUAGGCUUCUUGGACGACUCAGGUCGCAUCAACGAAGACGGUCGCAAAGCAUCACGACUGCCACUCACUCCCUCGCUCGGUCGUGUUCUGCUGGAAGCAGUAAAGCGCGACUGCCUGCUGGAAGUGAUUGACAUCGUCGCAUGUCUCAGCACGCAGGAGAAGAGUAUCUUCAUAACGGCAGAUACAGAAGAGGGCCGUGAGAAAGCAGCAGAAGCACGUUCACAAUUAAUCAGACGGCAAGGUGACCACCUCACUGUCUUGGCAGCCGUGCAAGGCUACGCUGCUGAAAAUGCUGAUCGGAAGAGAUGGUGUCGCGACCACAUGAUAUCGCACCGCGCUAUGAGGAGCGUGAUGGAUGUGCGGAAACAGCUCAUUGCGCAGUGUAAGCAGUUGGCGCCGAAUGCGACGAUGAGAAGCACGGUCGAUGAAGUUACGCAAGAGAGUAUUCUGAAGUGCUUUCUGCGAGGUUACAGCAAGAAUGUGGCGCAUCUGUGUCCGGAUAAGAGCUACAAGACGUUUCCACCUGGUAGUCAGACUGUUGCGAUACAUCCUAGCAGUGUGCUGUUUGGGCGCAAAGUGGAGGCGAUUAUGUAUAAUGAGUUUGUCUUCACUAAUAAGGCUUAUGCGAGGGGUGUGAGCGCGGUACAGCUGAGGUGGUUGGAAGAGCUUUACGAGUAG